UCGUAAGGAAACGUUUUCUCUGUGGCGAGAAAACCCCUUACACAAUAAAGAAAAUUGGGCAGUUAAUAAAAGGAAGUUAUUAUGUGACAAAGGAAAAGAUUAUAUUACUAAAACAGGAGAAGCAAAAAUUGGUAAAACCUUCGAAAAUAUUGACUAUAGGUGCCCUAAAAAGUGUUUUACGGUAUUUACAGAAUGUAAAAGACAAGGAAUGUUUGAAUCAUUCUGGAAUUUAGAAGACUUUAAUCUGCAAAAUUAUUAUCUUUACGCAUUGGUGAAAAAAACGACAGUUAAGAGAAAACGCCUCAAAGAUCAGUCACAUGCAAGAAAAAACGUAUAUUUUAACUAUUUUGUAUGUAAGAAAUAUUUUUUAAAGACAUUCCAAAUUAGUGAUGGAAUAUUAUAUCGAUGCUUGUCAAAAAGCGAUGUUUCUCAUUCUAAGGAUAAACAAGGUACCACUAGUUCUGGGAAACUUGAUGGUUCUGACAUCAUAGCUCACAUCCAAAGUUUUCCAGCGUAUUAAAGUCAUAACACCCAAAAAAGAUUUUAAAACCUAGGUAAACUAUCCGAAAGAUGUAUGAUCUCUAUAAAGAAAAAUGUGAGACUAAAAUGACUGAACCUAAAAAACAUACUAUAGUAAAGUUUUCAACACCAAGUUCAAUCUGCAUUUAAAAUCACCGCGACAGGAUACAUGCAAGGCUUGUGGCAGCUUGAAUGGGGGGUUUAGCGAAAACUAUUUGUAGGUGGCAGCAACACCGUAAACACUCUAUAAAAUUUGAUAGUUGACAUUUUAUAUGAUUAUAUCAUUGUUUAUAAUUUUUUUGGUGAAUGUCGUGUUGAUUUUAAAUAAAAUGAGUUAUAGUAGUUGGAAAUUAAAGUCUUUGAAAGAUGAAUUAAAUCGCCGAAGAGCAAUUAUGCGGGGGGAAAAGGCUGAACUAAUUGAGAGAUUGGAAGCUUACGAUCGAAACUUUAAUUUUGAAUUUGUGGCAGUAGACAAUAAAAAUGCUGCACCAAAAAUGUAUUUACUACCUCCAGAAACUUUUAAAGAUGUGCACUGUGAAAUAAAGUUGGACAUUGACAUUUCAAAGACACCAAGAAGGGCUAACGCUAUCCGACUUUCGCUGGCUUCUCCUUUCCGCACGACUUUGGACGCAUCGUCCCCUCCACAAUUGAUGAUUUACGCCCAUAACUUGCUUGCAAGCCUACGGACUAAUGCUGAUCCCGAAGAAACACUUCGAAGAUUCUACACCACCGUAAUCACCACAGUUGAUGGCAUAGAGUACACAGCCGCACACUUCCUCGGAGGCUACUACCUCUCCGAUAACCGUGUCAAUUGUCAUCCGAACUGGAUAAACGUCCGAUUCGAGAAGAUAUUCAACCCAGUCAUUGGCCGUGCCCUUAUCCAGAGAUCUACUCUCGCUAAAACACGCCUGUCAACACCUACCUGGCUUCUUAAAGCCGAUGUUGAUCCAUAUGAACUUCUGACCUGCUACAGCGAAGAAAAUGUUGAAAUCCUCCUUGACAUACUUACCGAUGUAUCAUCCUUCAUCAGUACUGAGCUCCCGUCUUCCAAGAAACUUGGACAACUCAUAGGCGAACCAUACGGAGUCAAUAUACUUUACCAUUCCAUAUGGUCAAAUACACUCCCUACAUGGCAUCAGCUCCCUCCUGCCCCGAUGUCUACACCCCAAGACACACGCAUAAUAAGUGACAAAGCCUUUUCUAGUCACUUACGACUGUAUAAAUCCGCUCCUCAUUUCAAGAGCACCCUCACCCCUGGCCCUACUGAUAUAGAUCUUUCCCUAUAUCUUGUCGGAAACCUUUCUUAUAGUACAGACAAUCCAGUCUGGACAUAUGAAGUAUUCGAUAAACAAACGCACGUCACCCCUGACGUCUUUUGGUUUCAACCAUAUAUUAAAAAUCCAAGCGCUAUUAACUAUUCCGUAACACUAGGACUUUUAAUCGAAAACGGAUCUAUCGACGGCGUCACCGUCCCAAUUCCCAAUAUCCGUAUGUCCCUAACAGAGAACAACUCUAUGUUCCUGCAACGUUCUGUUCCCCUUAAUCAUCUCAUUAGAUACACUCUAGAUGGCGCAGUAACCGCUAACGUUUAUCAAAUGGAACGGACAAUCCACGAAACCGAACCAAUAGGUUUAGCAAUGAACAAUUGCUCAACCGUUCUCGGCACAGAACACAUCAGAGCCAAUACACACCGUAUUUUCGGCGCUAAAGUCCAUGAAAACUCACCUCUUCGUAUACGUUUGCUAAAUGAGGAAUUCCAUAGACAAGCUAUAUGGUUAGUGGCCAAUCACCAUGGGUUGAAUUGGAAUCAUGGUUUUACACCACUACAUGAAUUCCAUAAUAUUAUCCAGAAUGUGACAAAUAAUGUAGAAGCAGUUUAUGUAAAAGGGAGGGAGAAGGCGCAGUACAUUAGAAAAUAUAGUUUAGCACCAAUGUUCGAAAUGGAUGAACACCCUGCUCUACCAAAAUUACCCCCGAAAUGUCCACAUCAUUUAAAAAAUAAUCAUCCUUCCACAUCUCAAGAAUCUACUAUAAAUAAUCUAUCUGAAGAAAAUACUUUUAAUCAUCCUUCAACGUCUCAAGAAUCAAUAAACGAAGAACCUCCUUUAAAUAAUCUAUCUGAAGAAUUAACAUUAAAUAAAUCAUUCACAUCAAGUUUUAAUAAUGAAUCCAUGUCUCCUGCUCAAUCAAACGUUACUCCAGUGCUUCAAAGUAGCUGGGACCUAGGACUGUUGGUAUGGGCCAAAUUAAAAGGCUAUUGUGACUGUCGGCUUUCUUAUUUUGAAGACAGCGAUGAUUCGAUACGUGAUCCAGAUUACACAGUAUCAGAUUCAGAAAUGAAAGAUCUAUGUUUAAAUAAUGACUCAGAUCAAGAUGCUGAAGAAGAGAGGUUAAUCCCUAAAGAGAAAGGGGUAAAUAUUGAAGAAGGCGUGGUAAAUACCGAAGGAGAAGAGAUAAUAGAACCAAAUAGCGCAGAAAAUUUGCAAGUAGAUGGAAUAUCUCAACUCCAAGAAAGUGCCAAUUCAAACAGAAGACAAAAAGGACAAAAUAACAUGAGUUCUGAUGAAAAUAACUAA